GUGAGACCUGCGUGACGUCAUCGAGCAUGAAGGCAGGAAAGUGCGUUUGAUAUCCAAAUUUUCUUAAAAACUGUUGAUCUAUACACGGAUACAAAUAUGUGUGGCUUCGACAAACAGAAGGGUCCUGGUAGGCUGAUGAAGAAAGGACUCACUCUCAUUGUAGUUGGUCAUGUUAAUUUCAUCCUGGGUGCCAUAGUUCAUGGCAAUGUGUUGCGACACAUUUCCAAACCCAGCAAUGAGAUCUCAACUGAGUAUACUGUAUCAAACAUCAUCUCUGUCACCUCAGGACUGCUGAGCAUCGCAAGUGGAAUUGUCGCGAUAUUGGUGUCCAGGAAUAUUACCAACUUGAAGCUACACAUUGGUCUGUUGGUGAGCUCAUGUCUGAACGCCCUGUUCUCUGCAGCAUGUUUUGUGGGGCUGCUUUUGGCAAUCAGCCUCACCAUUUCAGGCGAUGGGUCCGUCCUCAUGAAAGGAUGCAAUUCCACUAACAUGCCCGUGAAUGCACGGUCUCCAAUCAUCGUUAACUGCCCUUUCGAUGCCACCCGCAUCUAUGACACAACUCUGGCACUGUGGUUCUCCUGUGCUGGGUUUACAGCCAUAGAGGCCGCACUGUCUGUGUGGUGUUUUAUCGUGGGUCUCACUUUAAAAGGCAUCGGACCCUGUGCUCAUACUUACAUCCGAGAGCAGCUGGAAGAGGAGGCACUGGCAUCAAGGGGAAAGAUGGAUCCGGACCGCACAACUCAAGGCCAACAUCUCAUUGCACACCAUUCUGCCAGCGCUUAGCAUUGAGAAUUAUCGAAAUUUAAGGUGGAACUUUUACACUGGGUUUGAACUCUAUUGCAUUCAAAGUAAUCAAAGAUAUUCCAUAAUGUGUGUGAUUCUAAACUUGCUGUAUUACAUGAUGGUGAUAUUAGUUGCAGUUUUUUGUUGUUGUUGAUGUUUUGAAGCACUCCAGUACACUGAUGUUGUCAUACAGACUAUAUCAGUCAGUUGAACUUGUUUAACAUUUGUUUUUACAUAUUUUAAGUUUGCUUAUGUGAGCUUGCACCACUUAUCACAGGCUAUACUGACUGUGUUGUGUCCUAAACUGUAGAUAGGGUUACAUGUUUGCAGUUCUUGUUUACGUCAAAACUUUGAAACACUGGCACAAUGUGGUAUGUGUCAUUUCAAAAAUAUGUUGGUGUCAAAAUCAAUCAUUCAUAUCCAUUUUUAUAUAGUGUUACUUUGAAUGUCAACAACACCAAAUCUAAUGUUUUUGAUUUUAAGGAAUGCUUGAACUGUUUGAAAUACCUAUUGUGCCACAAAGCAAACUUUUUAUAGCUAGUAGUAGCCAUCAAACUUCCAGUAUGCAGGAGAGAGUGUGUCAGCGUGAUGAGUGAUACGCUAAUCCGGGUUGGAAUUAAUGAUGCAGAUUAAUUCCCACACGACGAGAUAAUCCAGUGUGAUGAAAGGAUUUCAAAUAAAUAUUGACAAAGAGAUGUGACUGACUGUCAAAACAACGGGAUUUAUUCUCUCUAUAAGAUGUUAUUUAAUUUCAGUGGUCUGUGUUUGUUUAGAGAGAGCUGUCGUUUUAUCAUCCUUUGAAGGAUUACUGAAGGCCCCUCAUGUCAGUGCAGAAUAGUGAUUCUCUGCGGUCUACAUUACAUUGUAUUACUUUUUAAUUCUGCUUUUAUGGAUGUGUUGGUAUUGUUUUUAAUGUAGAAUUAAUUUGAAUAAACACUUAUUAA